AAACUAUAAACUAUCUGUAAACAACUGUAAAAAAUUGCAGCAUUUAUUACUCAUAAUUAUUUAUACGACAAUAAAAAUAAACAACGAAUUAAAUUUAGAAAACAUUAAAAAAAUGAAUAUAUAUGGAAUAUAGUACAUAGAAUCUAAUUUAAUUGGUUUGAAGGUAAAAAAAAUUGCUUUUGUAUUGUGGUGAAUCAUCAGUUAGAAACAAGUGUAGAUCGUCGACAUCAAUCAUUUAAAAAUUAAAAAGAGACAGUGCUUUUGAGUAAGAAACAUGGAGUGGCUGUUUGGACACAGAAUGACUCCAGAGGAGAUGCUGAGGAAGAAUCAGCGUGCUCUCAACAAGGCCAUGAGAGACUUGGACAGGGAGAGGCUCAAGAUGGAACAACAGGAGAAAAAAGUUAUAGCGGACAUAAAGAAAUUAGCCAAGGAUGGCCAGAUGGAUGCCGUUAAAAUAAUGGCAAAGGAUUUGGUGCGCACGCGCCGCUACGUGCGCAAGUUUAUGUUGAUGAAAGCAAACAUCCAGGCUGUUGCACUUAAAAUACAAACACUCAAGUCUCAGAGUAGUAUGGCCCAGGCCAUGAGAGGGGUGACGCGUGCCAUGGCCUCUAUGAACAGACAACUCAAUGUACCACAGAUACAAAAGAUAUUACAGGAGUUUGAGAAGCAGUCGGAGAUUAUGGAUAUGAAGGAGGAAUUGAUGAAUGACUCCAUCGAUGAAGCCAUGGAGGCAGAUGAUGAUGAAGAGGAGAGUGAUGCAGUUGUGUCUCAGAUCCUGGAUGAGCUGGGUCUCCAGCUCAAUGAUCAGCUAUCAGGGUUGCCGCAAGCCACUGGCUCACUGUCUAUAUCAGCCAAGACCCCGGCGGCGGCGGUGGCGGCGGGCGGCGCGGGUGGUGCGGGCGGCCCGGGUGGAGCCCUGAGCGAUGCGGACGCCGAGUUACAGGCGCGACUCGACAAUUUGCGCCGAGAGUAACACUGUCACGCCAUCAUCUCUGUCAUAUUGUUGUUCUAGUACCAACCAAUUCAAUGUCUUUAAGAUGUGGUUCGAUGUUAUGAUGAGGCGAUUGAAAAUAAUCUACCAUUACUACUAUCAUAUAAGUAAAGAUUUAAUACAGCUAAAGCAACUUAUACUAGCAUCAUCACCCUUGUGUUACUAUUGUGAAGAUGCACAUUUGCUACUAAUGUAUGCUUUAUAUAUAUAAAGUCUGUAUUUCAUGAGCAUCCUGAGAUGUUUUUGUUGUUCUAAGUAAACUAAGAAAUAUAUAUAUACGAAGUUACAGCAGAAAUGUUUCCCUCUAUCAAAAAUCACAUCUUCAUAUGGAUCUUGAACAUGUUUAUGUACAGAACUGUGAGUGAUUAAUGUUGAGUUGAUUGUUAUUAUAUACAGUUGUAAAUACAUAUAUAUUUUAAUAAAAAAGUAAUGAAUAA